AUGGUCAAGAAAGCGAAAUGGCUGGAGAACGUAAAGAAGGCUUUUAGUCCAGAUAAGUUGAAACACGAAUCGGUUGAGGAGAGUGUCAUUUCUUAUCCUGUAUUGGUUACAAGAUCCAGAAGUUCUCCUCCUCAGUUUGAGGUCAGAGUUGAUGAGGUCAACUACGAACACAAGAAGAAGAAGAAGAUGAAUCUGUCUCAUCCUCCUUCAGAAGAAGAAGAAGAAGAAGAUGAUGAUCUUGUAGAUUCAUCAACUCCAUCUUCCCCUGAGUUUGCUCCUCCACCAGCUGCACCUGAUAGGUUUGCAGGGAAGUCAAAGGAAGAUGCAGCUGCCAUCUUUAUCCAGUCCACAUUCAGAGGACAUUUGGCAAGACAAGAAUCAACGAGAAUGAGGAGGUUGGUCAGACUUAAGUCAUUGAUGGAAGGAUCGGUUGUACAAAGGCAAGCUUCACAUACCCUUAAAUCUAUGCAAACUCUCGCUCGUGUACAGUCACAGAUCCAGUCUAGGAGAAUCCGGAUGGUACAAGAGAAUCAUGCUCGCCAUAAGCAACUCCUUCAGAAGCAUGCCAAAGAACUAAGAGGCUCCAAGAAUGGGGGUAAUAAUAAUCAUUCCAAGAAACAAGUUGAAGCAGGUUUGUUGAAUAAGUAUGAGGCGACAAUGAGAAGAGAAAGGGCAUUGGCUUAUGCAUCCACACAUCAGCAACACUUGAAGAGAAGCUUGAAACCUACGAUGACUAUGUUCAUGGAUCCUAAUAACCUUACUUGGGGUUGGAGCUGGUCUGAAAGGUGGACGGCUGACCGGUCAUGGGAAAGCUCAGAGAAAGAAGAAAGCAGCACCGCUAAACCAUACCAUGGAGGAGAAGUCACAAACUCUUCAAACCGCAAAAAUUUCAGUAGUAGCUCGACUCAUCCAAAUACCCCAUCAAAAUCAACAUCAUCCACCAACCAGCGAAAGAACAAGCCAACCCCACCGUCUAUAAGACCCAAGACCACCGAUGCAAUCGCCAAGAGCUCGGAGAAAAACCGUAGGAACGUCAAUACAAGGUCAUCGGUUAGUGACGACGAAGGGCUGGCCAGCUCAACGGCUCAACGUCGCAACAUGGUUCCCACAAAGCCAGCUCAUGAAACAGCCACGAGCUCGAAUAAGAACCGUAGGCAGAGCAUUGGAAGGUCAUCGGUUAGUGAUGACGAAGGUCUGGCUAGCUCAACGGCUAGACGUCGCAACAUGGUUCCAACAAAACCAGCAAGAGGCGAGCUCAAGGCCCAAAGCUCGUCUUCUGCAACCAAGGCAACCAAAGAGGAAAGUAAUGAUGUUUUACGGGAGAAAGCACCUGCUGCAGCAAAGAAACGAGUUUCUCCUGCACCAAAACCUAGACGAUCCACAGCCCCGCCCAAGGUUGAAAACGGCGUUUUAAAAGCGGUGAGGAUGCCGUGUGACUUAACCUAG